AUGGCGCGUCUGUUGCGCCUUGCGGUGCUGCUGGUGGUCCUCGUGGUGGAACUUUGCUGGGGCGGUGCACUGUCAGCGAGGGUCGGCUCUCAAGAUACAGAAGAGCACGUUCCAGAUGUACACCUGCGGGACUUGAAAUUCUUGGAUAUUUUUCCAAAUUCAAAGGAUGAACAAGCCCUGAUCAUGGCUGCCACAGAUGGCGACUUUGAGAAAGUGGAGAUGCUGCUUGACAAAGGGGUAGAUCCAGACGUGACAACUGCGCGCGACUCCACCCCCCUGAUGCUGGCAGCAUUCAGGGGUCACUUGGAGAUUGUGGAGGCACUCAUAGACGCAGGGGCAGAUGUCAAUAGCACUGACAUUGAUGAACUCACUUCGCUGCACUGGGCUUCCCAGAGGAACCACACCAUGGUGGUCAGGGUUCUCCUGGAAAGUGGGGCAGACUUGAACAAGCAGGGCUCCAAGAUGUCCACCCCACUCUUUUUUGCAGCACAGUCAGACGCAACCAGCACCUUGGCGUUUUUACUGCAAAGGGAUGGCAUCGAGGUGGAGCUUAUGAACUUCCAGGGCUGGACGCCACUGAUUGUGGCAUCAGACAUGGGCCAUGAGGGGUCAGUGGGGUUGCUGCUGGAAGCUGGGGCCAACACAACAGCCAGGUCGCAGGCCAUGGCAACGGCUCUGCAUCGUGCGGUUUUGACCUUGAAUGGUACAAGGGUGAUCAAUCUCCUCGUUGAAAACGGCGCCGAAAUUGAUGCCCAGGACAACAUGGGGGAUACGCCAUUGGAGUACGCCUCUUGGGCUGGAAACACACCUGCUGUGCAGGCGCUAAUGGUUGCAGGGGCAAAUGCCAGCAUACCUGACAACGGACGCCCGCCACAACUGGCAGUAGAUGCCCUCUGUGGCUGCAUACCAUCACAAAGAUGUGCAACCCCAUGUGAUCAGAUAACCAAUGAUACAAUCAAAGCGUUGCUGAAUGGUGAGAAUGUGACAAUUCGCCCACCAACGGCGUUUGUGCCUUCGCCUGUUCCCGCAGACCAGGAGCCACAGGUUACUCCUGAGGAUAAGCCAGUUUCUCCAGAUGUUCCUGGAGGUGCAGGAAUGUUGUCGCCACGGCAGUGGUUGGUGGCUUGCUUUGCGUUUGUUGUGGCUCUUGUCUCAUUAUUGGCGAUGUGCUGA